CGUACCACAGCAUGAGCUCCAAGCUUCAAACGCAUUUUCAUUCUCAGACGAGCACUUUACUUUUCAUCAAGAUAGCUUUUACAUUGUUUGGGAGCAUACUUGGAUAAUAAACAUAUUUUUGUUUUGAAUAUUUUAAUGAUUUCUUAAUUCAUGGGAGAACCAGAGCAACAGAGUUUCAUGUUUUGGGGGAAAGUCUGAAUCCAGCAAUGCCUAGAGAAGGAUAAAGGGACAACUUUUCUGUGAUAUUUACCAAGAAUAAGGACAGAUACAACAUAUGUCUACAAGCUAAAGAUUCUUCCUCAAAAACUUUCAAGUAAGAAAUGACUCUUCUCAAAGCUAACAACCAAUUUCCAGUCAGUGAAUAAUUUUUCCCAGAACUAUCCACUCAAUGGAAAACAAAUGAAGAGGAAAAAGCUAAAUAAACAAAUGUCCACCACAACAGACAUGGUGAGCAUCUAAACUUACCAGUCAACAAAAGCAAGCACUUAAAGCUUAUCCCAAACUAUAAUUUUAACUGGUUUCUGAGUUGAGCCUUGCUGGAUAAAUGACUUCCAGGGCCUGUGGCUCUGGACUGAAUGAGAAAAAAUAUUUUUAGCACAACUAUUUGGAAAUAUUUGAGAACUUGAACCUGCUCUUCCUUCUGGUACCAAAGCAAGUUUUCAGCGGAGCUUUCAUGACAUCCCCUGACUCUUUGCGCUGGGAAUCCUGCAGUGGCCCACCCUUCCAGAGCACGAACCAAAGAUGAUUGUCUUGCUGUACGUCACAAGUUUUGCCAUUUGUGCAAGUGGACAACCUCGGAGUAAUCAGCCCAAAGGAGAGAGCUACUCCCCGAAGUAUAUCUGCAGCAUCCCUGGCUUACCUGGACCCCCAGGCCCUCCUGGAGCAAAUGGUUCCCCUGGGCCCCAUGGUCGCAUUGGCCUCCCAGGAAGAGAUGGUAGAGAUGGCAGGAAAGGAGAGAAAGGAGAAAAGGGCACUGCAGGUCUAAGAGGCAAGACUGGACCAUUGGGUCUUGUUGGUGAGAAAGGGGACCAAGGAGAGACUGGGAAGAAAGGACCCAUGGGACCAGAGGGAGAGAAAGGAGAAGUAGGUCCUGCUGGGCCUCCUGGACCAAAAGGGGACCGAGGAGACCAAGGGGAGCCAGGGUUGCCUGGAGUGUGCAGAUGUGGAAGCAUUGUACUGAAAUCUGCCUUUUCCGUUGGCAUCACAACCAGCUACCCAGAAGAAAGAUUACCCAUUAUAUUUAACAAGGUCCUCUUCAACGAGGGGGAGCACUACAACCCUGCGACAGGGAAGUUCAUCUGUGCUUUCCCAGGGAUCUAUUACUUUUCUUAUGAUAUCACAUUGGCUAAUAAGCACCUGGCAAUUGGGCUGGUGCAUAAUGGCCAGUAUCGGAUCAGGACCUUUGAUGCCAACACUGGGAACCAUGAUGUGGCUUCAGGAUCCACAGUGAUCUACCUGCAGCCUGAGGAUGAAGUUUGGCUGGAGAUCUUCUUCAAUGACCAAAAUGGCCUUUUCUCAGACCCAGGUUGGGCAGACAGCUUAUUCUCUGGAUUUCUCCUCUACGUUGACACAGAUUACCUUGAUUCCAUAUCAGAGGAUGAUGAGCUGUGAUCCUGCCUGCAGACCUGAAUGUUCCCAAACUACUGUGGCUGACACUUUAAUCUGAGAAGCUGGAAGAUGGAGCAAGAAAUAAAGGGAUCCAAAGAGACUCCUACUCAUAUUCCAUAGCAUUGACAGAUAGUCCUGGCAGAAUCUCUAAAAGCAAGACAAACCACCAGUUGAAACCAAACCAAAUCAAAUAGCCCACCCCAGAUAUGAAUUUUCUUGAAAAUAAUACUAAUAAAUAUUUAAACAAAUUUAAAAUAAUGUUAACAAAUUUUAAAUGCCCUUAGUGAUACAACCAGCUGGCAGUGAUAGUGCCUCAUUAAAUCUUUACCAAAUUACAUUUGAGCCUGUUCUUUCAGAGAAUUGUAAUGCCCCAGAAAGUCUUUGACAAUUUUCUAGAGCCAAAAUACAAAGGUAAAAGGUACUAAAUAUUUUCAAGGAAAUUAAAGUGAAGUGGUAAAUGUUGUUGUUCUAUUAUUCAUUACUUCAUGUGUGUGUUUAUGUUCUUCAGCAACUCUUGAUGAGACUGAAUAGGCCA